AUGGCUCUUGAGAUUGCUGUCAAGGCUGCUGUUGGCGCUCCUGAUGUUCUUGGCGACUGCCCUUUCUGCCAAAGGGUUCUUCUAACAUUGGAAGAGAAGAAAGUACCUUACAAGCUUCACCUCAUCACUCUCAGCGACAAACCCAAAUGGUUUACCGAAGUGAAUCCAGAGGGAAAGGUGCCUGUGGUGAAGUUCGAUGACAAAUGGGUGGCUGAUUCUGAUGUGAUUGUUGGGAUUAUUGAGGAAAAAUACCCUGAACCUUCUCUCAAAACUCCUCCUGAAUUUGCUUCUGUGGGAUCUAAGAUAUUUGGUUCAUUCGUGACAUUUGUGAAGAGCAAGGAUCCCAGUGAUGGGUCAGAACAGGCUUUGGUUAAUGAGCUGAAGGCAUUGGAUGAGCAUCUUAAGGCGCAUGGUCCAUAUAUUGCUGGGGAGAAGAUCACUGCCGCGGAUAUAAGCUUGGCACCAAAACUGUUCCAUCUCAAGGUGGCCCUUGGCCAUUUCAAGAAGUGGACUGUUCCUGAAGACUUGACCAGUUACCAUAAGUACACUGAGCUGCUCUUCUCAAGGGAAUAUUUUGUGAAGACCAAAACUGAAGAGAAAUAUGUGAUUGCCGGCUGGGAGUCGAAGGUCAAUCCAUGA